AUGGAACACGCGCGUCCUCCUUCAGAAUUACGUGUGGAUGGUAAUCCUGCCGUCCGAGCAGAAACGUGGCGGAAAUGGUGGCAACAGUUUGCCAUGUUUUUAAAAGCGUCAGGCGUCAAUAAAGAAUCUAAAGAGGUACAGGCGAGCUUGCUAGUGAAUCUCAUUGGAGCAGAGGGCUAUGAAGUCUAUUCUACGUUUUCGUAUUCAAAAGAGGAAAAUCCCGAUGACAUUGAGUGUUUAAAAAAAAAAUUUGAUACCCACUUCGGAACGAAAGUGAAUGUUACAUCUCUAAGGUUUAAAUUUUUUACAAGAAAUCAAGUCGCUGGGGAAACAAUUAAUCAGUAUGUGACGGCAUUAAAAUUACUGAGUCAAGGGUGUGAAUUCGAACACCUAGUGGACGGUUUACUGAGAGAUAGAAUAGUUUGUGGAAUAUUGGAUAACGUCGUGCGUGAUAGAUUACUACGGGCGGAGGACUUGACCCUCGCGAAAGCGGUGCAAAUUUGUGAAGCGGCCGAGAUGUCUAGAGAGGAGCGUAGACAGAUAGAGGAGGCGACGUCGUCGGGUACUCAUGUGGAUGCAGUGUACGGUGACGGCGCGCCCCGAGGCGGCGGCGCGGGCCCGAGCGGUGGCCGGCGACGCCAGCGCGGCCGCCGCGGCGGGCGCAGCGAGCAGCGCCUACCGCGUGAGCAACGCGACACUCCUUGUAGGCGUUGUGGAAAUACCUACUGUGAGGGGGCGCAACGGUGCUCAGCGUUUAGGUCUACGUGUUUCGUGUGCAACGGUCAAGCAGAUAUGAAGUGUCAAAACAUUCUUGGAUUGAAUGCAUGUUUACAAAUAGGAGCGAUCCAAAGAGUAAAUACCUUAAAUAUUGACAACUACUCGGAUUUAUUUCACGGUCUCGGCAAACUACCGGGCAAACACAAAAUUGUUGUGAAUAAAAGUGUUGCCCCCGUUAUCUGUCCAACACGUAGGAUCCCUCUAGGUAUGAGAGAUAAAUUGUACACAGAAUUAAAAAGAAUGGAAAAGUUAGGAGUUGUCAGGAAGGUGAGUUACCCUACUGAAUGGGUGAAUGCCAUCGUUAUAGCUGCUAAAAAAAAUGGUGAUAUCCGUAUAUGCUUAGAUCCGCGUGACCUGAACAGGGCGGUGCAGCGCGCACACUACUCGCUACCGACAGUGACGGAGGUGGCCGCGCGCCUGCGCGGCGCCACGCACUUCAGCGUGUUGGACGCACGCUGUGGUUUUUGGAUGCUGGAACUGGACGAGGCUAGUGCUGACCUCUGUACCUUCAGCACCCCUUAUGGUAGGUAUCAAUUUUUAAGACUUCCCUAUGGAAUUAAUUGUGCGCCGGAAAUGUUUCAUGGUUUAAUGAGACAGUACCUUGAGGAUAUAGAAGGUACUGAAUCAUUUAUCGAUGACAUUGUAGUUUGGGGAUCAAGUAAACAGGAACAUGAUGCUAGAUUAGAAAAGCUACUCCAGAGAGCCAAAGAGAUAGGCAUUCGUUUUAAUAAAGAAAAAUGUAAAUUUAAUGUAAAAGAGGUUACAUAUUUGGGACAUGUUUUUGAUGAGCGAGGCAUGCGGCCCGACAGUGCUAAGGUCAAAGCCGUAGUCGAUAUGCCAAUACCUAAAGACAGAAAGGGCCUAGAAAGGUUUCUAGGUAUGGUAAACUAUCUUUCUAAAUUUAUUCCAAACUAUUCCGAAAAUGUAGUAGUGUUACGAGCGCUUCUAAAAAAAGAUGUGGAAUGGGUAUGGGGACCCGAGCAUACUAAUGCUGUAAAUAAAUUAAAAUGUCUUAUUACAUCAGCUCCCGUCCUCGCACUGUAUUCGAACCGACUACCUAUAGUGGUAUCAGUGGACGCGAGCGCGGAGGCACUAGGCGGCGUGGUGUUACAGGCAGGGCGGCCGGUCGAGUUCGCUUCCCUACACUUACCGAUAUACAACGUCGUUAUGCGCAAAUAG